AUGGUGCUCCUCGCCACCUCCCUCCUGGGCUUGCUCCUUGGCUUCCGGGCCGGGGCAUCGCCAGCAGUAUGGAAUCACCAGUACGACGACAGGUCACCCAGCACAGCUCGACGCGAGACGCAAAGUCGGAACUGCACUGCCGAUUCGUUUACUAACGUCACCGACUUUAUCCUCCGGGAGUACCUGGUCGAGACGGUCGUCAGCGCCGACAACACGACACAUCUGCGUGGGACCCUCGCGGUGGAGAAUCCGGGCACGGGCGACACGUACCGGCUGUACCACAUCCCCAUUUCCUUGGGCGGCGGCGUGUGGUCCAUCUGUUUCCCCGGCGAUGACGCCCCGCUGCCGCCACAGCUGGCCAGGUGCCAGUACCUGAUAGAGAAAUUCGACAACAGGAUUGGCUUUCGCUUCGACUGGUACUGCGACGGCAAGAAUCCGGAUAGCCCAGUUCUGUUUGAUGCUACAGUGAUCGGAGACCUUCCCGCCGAGGUCUGCGUAGCUCAAAAUGGCACUAAUGGUGUAACGCAAGCAUGCCGUCUGCCGGGCGAUGUCUUGUUGUCGGUUGAGAAUAUCUCAUGGGAGGAUACUUCCGAGUCUGGACAGAUGGACUGA